AUGCUUGCAAAGACAACCACGCUGUUGGCUGUCUUGGCGAUAGCAGCCUCUACUGCUGUAGGUGCCGUUGUGGGUCCAUCGACAGCAAACAAACAACAACAACAACAAAAGCCCAAUAUUUUGUUUAUUUUCACGGAUGAUCAAGACGCUCGAAUGGAUUCUUUAUCGUAUAUGCCAAAUGUACAGAAACAUCUCGUUGAACAAGGAACGGUCUACAAGAACCAUUAUGCCACCGUUGCGGUAUGUUGUCCGAGUCGUGUCGGCCUUUUACGCGGACAAUAUGCACAUAAUACAAAUAUUACGGAUGUAAGCCCACCACACGGUGGAUACGAAAAGUUCAAUCGUCUCGGGUUGGGCGAAGAUUACUUGCCAUUAUGGUUAAAGAAGGCUGGUUACUCCAACUACUAUAUUGGCAAGCUAAUGAAUGAGUAUACUGUCAACAACUAUAAUAAACCGAUACCUGCUGGAUUCGAUUACCAAGAUCAGCUCGUUGAUCCUUUUACAUAUACCUACAACACUGCGGUGUUCUCUCGUGAUGGUCAACCUCCAGUGUUUUACAAGGACACCUACCAAACAGAUGCCAUUCACACAAAAACGUUAAAUACACUAAAAGCACGGCGCGGUAACGAUGAUCCUUUCUUUUUAUGGGUUGCUCCUAUGGCUCCUCAUGGCCAAUUCAAGUUUGAUCAGGGUGGUUUGGAAACCAUUCAGAGCGAGCCACCAAUUUCAGCUGCGCGCCAUGCUCAUCUGUUUGAAGAUGUGAAAAUUCCUCGUCGACCCAAUUUUAAUCCUACCAACCAAACAAAAACAGCUUCGUACUGGAAGUUCUUGGACCGCCUCACAGAAACUGAAGUAGAGGAGUUGGAUGAAACAUAUCGUCGUCGUUUGCGUGCUCUUCAGGCGGUUGAUGAAAUGGUCGGUGCUCUUUUUGAAGAGCUUGAGAUCCAAGGGAAACUUGACAACACAUAUAUUGUCUACAGCGCAGAUAACGGAUAUCAUUUGGGACAUCACAGGGCUUACGCUGGAAAAACUACGAAUAUUGAAGAAGACAUAAAUGUUCCACUUAUUGUUCGCGGUCCCGGGGUUUCUAAGGGCCAUGUAAGCGAUCUUGUCAGCGCCCAUCACGACCUGGCUCCUACGUUCCUUGCGCUGGCUCGCGGUGACAAAUAUGUGCCUGGAUGGGUCGAUGGCGGUGUGAUUCCAUGGACGACUGAACUCCAAAGUCAUCCUAAGCCUGCUUCUGAAGAAACAUUUGCCGUCGAGUUUUGGUUUGAGCAGCUUUUAAACGAGUACAAACCACAUUUGAGUGCUCCGUAUGGUCCAAAUACGUAUAAAACUCUCCGUGUCAUUUCGGAAAAGUAUAACUACAAAUACGCUGUUUGGUGCACCGGUGAACAUGAACUGUUCGAUUUAAAGGAAGAUCCAUAUGAGCUGCAAAAUAUUUAUGGGUCGGAUAAAGUGAGCAUUCAGCUCAUUGAUCGGUUAGAUGCUGUCUUGAGCGUGCUCCAAACAUGUCGUGGGGCUACAUGUCGUGACCCCUGGCGGGUGCUUCAUCCUGGCAACGAGGGUGUCCGAACGCUUGCAGAUGCUCUCGAUGACAAGUACGAUGUUUUGUACCACCGUUUCCGCAAAGUCGCAUUCAAGGAAUGUCUUGCAUAUUUCUCGGCUUACAAUGAAGAACCGAAUGAUAUCCUACUAGGUGACAGCUACAAGAUUGCUUCAGAGCUAGCUUCUCUUGACGAUACCCAAUCUACGGCACCUCGCUUCAUACAACAGCAGUACAGACGAGCUGCUUUCGUGCAAAAAGAAUUUGGAAUGUGCCAGCAUCAUAUCUCUCAACAUGAAGAAGAAGAGCGUCCAUUUAAAGCUAUCAGCAAAGCUGAGGCUCAUCGACUUUUUAAUUUGAUCCCACGGCCUUCCGGGUCUGAUUUGGGAUCUAGGGUGCCAAGUAAGGAGGAGUUGGACCAGCUAGCAAGUCCAGUUCCACGGGAAUUGCUUGAUACCCAAGUGGAUUGGGUCAAACAUGGAUUUUAUAAGCCAGCCAGACCAAUAAGGCCAAUUGUCGAAAUGACUGGGCCGAUCUUUAACGCUGUAUACGAACCUUUGACGCCACCUAUCCAACAGUUCCUCGAUAGACACAAGCGUGUUGUGUUUGUUGCAUUUGGCCAGCUCUUGUCGGUGAGACCAGAAGAAACAGGGCGCAUCUGGGCGGAGCUUUUGCAUUUGCAGGAGGCUGGAAUAUUCGACGGAUUGCUGUGGGCGUAG